GCAAGAACGAAGAUAUGUGAAGAAAAGUGAGCGGAAAAUAUUAUAAAAGCAACAAGAACAGAGAGAAAGAGGGGGCAAGGUCACAGUAUGGCGUUGUUUCCGUUCUGCAAGACGCCCACAGGAUCUGUCAGAGUGACCAGAAUACAGCUAGUCCUGUAUUGUUUCCUCCUGUGUCUUAUCAUAUACUUUCUCCAUGGACGUAAAGGCACUGCCAGUGGGAAGUCACCUCACCCUAUCUUUCAUGCCUUGGGAAUGGAUAGGGGAGGAGAAAUGACAGUUGUCAAGCCAGCGGUACCACAAACUCCUAUGGAGACACCAUGGGGUGCUCCUUUAGUGUGGGGUGGCACCCGCAACUCGGCCUGGCGCAGAGCUAAAUUCGCACAACAGGGAAUCCGUACAGGUCUGCUGACCCUCGUUGUGGGAACUUACAGCCACUUUGUCCGACGCUUCCUCUCUUCAGCUGAAACCUACUUUCUCCCAGGUCAGAUGGUAACCUACUACAUUCUCACAGACAGUCCCCAUUCUCUGGAUCCCCCCAUCGAGUUGGGGCCAGAACGAGAGCUGAAGGUGGUUCCUGUCGCAGAGCUGCCUGGGUGGGACAGACUGGCCCAUCGUCGUAUGGCCCUGCUUGCUGAUGCCAUCAAAGAGCCAAUCAGCAGCGAGGUUGAAUACAUUUUCUGCGCUGACGUUGACCAGGAGUUUGUGGCCCCUGUGGGACAGGAAAUCCUAGGAGACCUGGUGGCCACGUUACACCCUGAGCUCUAUGGGAUGCCACGAAAUACAUUUCCUUAUGAAGUUGAAGAAGUCUCAUCUGCUUGUGUGGAGGAAGAUGAAGGAGACUACUACUACACCUCAGAGUUGUAUGGUGGGUUGGUUUCUGAUAUGUACAGACUGGCUCGCGCCUGCUCUUUGCUCAUUCUGGAGGACCAGGCCAAUGGAGUAGUGGCAAGGGGCCUUGAGGAGAGCUACCUGAACCGCUACCUGAUCGACCACAGGCCGACCUGUGUGCUGUCACCAGAGUACAGCUGGUGGGACUCGGCCCUGGCCGCUGAUGUGCCUGUACAGAGGCUAGUCUCCCUGGGAAGGCAAUGUGAGUCUUACGAUAAGAAGGCGAGAGAGCAGCACAAAUGUUGAACAAAUGUAAAAGGUAGGAUGGGGGGUUCAGCUGGCUAAAUCCACCAAAGUAUCUCAUUUCUACAUGAAGCACUGCUGUUUUUAGAGUUAGAUUUUCUUUGGAGAGGGUCUCCGGUCAACAUUUAGCAGUGUUAUGAAAGGACAGAAGAUGGAGGGAAAAAAAUAAAGGCACAUAUUUCAGUCAUCUUUAUCCAGUUAUUAAUUCUGAAUUUCUAUUUAAUUUUCUGUUCUAUUAGCCAUAGGCUGCAAUCACUCAAAAGCAAACUGCACAAUCUGUUCUCUAUUAAAGAACCAUUUGUGUGAACAGCACCUCUACGUGCCUGCUAUCUCUUCCACAGCAGACAAAAACAAAAUUGACCUGUCUCUUUAAACGAAGCACUCGUCCUCUCCAUUAAUGUCAGCCUAUGAGAUACUGCUGCAGCUGCUUUGUGGUCAGCAGUGAUAAGAGUCAACAGUGUAAGUGCACACUUUCCCCACAGUGGCCAAUCAUUAACUGGAAGGGCUGCUGUUUCAAGGUCUUUAAAUACCAGGUGGGGGCAAAAUGGACACAACGAGAUGCUGUUUCUUCAGGUUGCAUCUGCCAUGUUUGAGCUUCAGCUAACGUAGUUUUGAAACUGGUGAAACUAGCUAGAAUG